GAUCAUGCAGGUACCGGCGUCUGGACUUUGGGCGCGUCGGCAUGUGGAUGCAUAAUUUCCACACCUCCGAAGUCUCCGCAACACGACCCUGCACAUUCGACCAUUCACGAUGCCACACGUUGAGGUGCUCCCGAACUCGACGGCGACCGUCGCACCGGGAUGGACGUAUGUCGUCGACACGGGCUACGACCCCUCCAAGGUUGCCAUCAACCCAAAGAACAAGAAGCGCGCAGCGGCAGCAACGCCAGGCGGUCAGCGCGCCGAGAAUGAGCUAUCUGCACGACAGCAGACGGCUAUAGCGCGACGCAUAGCAGAGCUAGAACGCGACAACGACCCCAAACAGCUUAUCACGGUGCCUGGAAAGCCGAGCGUGCCCAAGACACAGAAUGCAAGGAGGAUCAUACAGUAUCAGCGGCAGAUCAAGCAUUGGCUCGACGACGAAGAGGCGCAAUUGGGACAAGCAACGACGACAUCAAGAGGGAGUGUGUCUCAGUCCACAGGAGGAAGAGGAGCAACACAAGCGUCCCGAAGACAGAGCGCCUUCGCUUCCGUGCCCGCGACACCUGCGGAAGCCACCCCAGGACCCGCAGCCAUAGCACAAACGCCAUCACGACUCGAAGACGCGAAUGCUGACGAUGCGCUACUCUCCGUCGACGACUCUAUACCUGCACCAAUCAACCCCGCCGAGCUUGAGGCACUGCUUGCCGCACCGCCGCUCUCGUACGCUGCAAGCCACGCAGCGCCUCCUCCAGCUGGCGGUGCACCGCAGAGACAGUUCUGCGAUAACUGUGGAUAUUGGGGGCAGAUCAAGUGUCGCAAGUGUGGCGCGCGCGUGUGUGGAUUGGAGUGCAAAGACGCGCAUGAGGCUACAAGGUGCUUGAAAUGGGCAUGAGAAGAGGCAGCAAAUAAACAUGGCAUUGCGUGGCGUGAAGAUGCCUUAUGCUACCCCAUACAUUUUGAGAACAAUCUGCGCAGCCUCCGUGCUCAGUAUACGAAUUCUUCUCUUACCAGCUUCUCGCUCAGCUUCCAAAGCUUCUCUGGAUCUUCCGGGUUCUUCGCUGUCGGCUGCACUUCCUGUGG